AUGGCGGACGCAAGCGAAGAUGGAGACACAAGAGCUGGUCAGACAGCAUCAAAGGAUGGGACGGACACGACAAUGGUCGGAACUCUUGAGAACCACCGCCAACGGAUCAUCCUGGAGGAGGUUGUCUGUUUAUUCUGCUCUUGGGUGACCUCAUUUACAACUGAAUCCAUAACCGCUCUCCUUUUCCUAACCCGAAUCUUUACACCCCCCACGCACACUCUCUCUGUUUCCAAACAAUCAAAAAGUGUAAUCAUAUCUAUCUAUCUAUCUAUCUAUCUAUCUAUCUAUCUAUCUAUUUCAUCCAUUUCAUUAUCUAUCUAUCUAUCUAUCUAUCUAUCUAUCUAUCUAUCUAUCUAUCUCAUCCAUUUCAUUAUCUAUCUAUCUAUCUAUCUAUCUAUCUAUCUAUCUAUCUAUUUCAUCCAUUUCAUUAUCUAUCUAUCUAUCUAUCUAUCUAUCUAUCUAUCUAUCUAUCUAUCAUCCAUUUCAUUAUCUAUCUAUCUAUCUAUCUAUCUAUCUAUCUAUCUAUCUAUCUAUCCAUUUCAUUAUUUCUAUUAUCUAUCUAUCUAUCUAUCUAUCUAUCUAUCUAUCUAUCUCAUCCAUUUCAUCCAUUUAUCAUUAUCUCUAUCUAUCUAUCUAUCUAUCUAUCUAUCUAUCUAUCUAUUUCAUCCAUUUCAUUAUCUAUCUAUCUAUCUAUCUAUCUAUCUAUCUAUCUAUCUAUCUAUCUAUCUAUCUCAUCCAUUUCAUUAUCUAUCUAUCUAUCUAUCUAUCUAUCUAUCUAUCUAUCUAUCUAUCUAUCCAGCUCUGGCUGUUGAUAUCAAUAUCCCUAUUCUGAUCUUUUUCUUUCUUUCUUUUUUAUUUUUCUUUUCUUCUCCUUUUUUCGUUUACUUUUCUUGUCCCAUCUUUUCAGAACUACUAAAUCCCUUACCUUUCUUUAUCCAACAGACAGUCUCAUCUUUAUUGGUUACCUCACUAUUUGUUGUUUCAUUCGUCUUCGUCCGACAUUUUGAUUCCAUUUUUCGCGCCAGUCUCUCAUCAUUCGUUGGUCAGAUCAUGCUUCCUUUAUCGAUUUCUUAUUCUGCUUGCCUCGUCGUCGCCGGAAGAAAUUUUCCCCGAUGGAGACUCUCCAGGCAUCAUCUAAAUUACCAGUGGCCUUUGGCAGAGGAGGAAGCAAUCCUGCGUUUGAACCCCUUCAAAAAUCUCUGUCAACUGCUAGGUACUAACCAAAUCGUACAGGAACCGGUUCUCUUCUUUCAUCUUUAUCUAUCUCAGUAUGUUUCUAUCUAUCUAUCUAUCUAUCUAUCUAUCUAUCUAUCUAUCUAUUUAUCUAUCUAUCUAUCUAUCAUCUCUUUUAUUUUAUUUUAUUUCUGCCUUCGAAAUUCUUCUUCUCUUUCGGAAUUACAUAAAAUAGCAAAACGUCAAAUUCUAUCUCGGUCUGCUUCUAUCUAUCUAUCUAUCUAUCUAUCUAUCUAUCUCAGUCUGCAUCUAUCUAUCUAUCUAUCUAUCUAUCUAUCUAUCUAUCUAUCUAUCUAUCUCAGUCUGCUUCUAUCUAUCUAUCUAUCUAAGUCUGCAACUAUCUAUCUAUCUAUCUAUCUAUCUAUCUAUCUCAGUCUGCUUCUAUCUAUCUAUCUAUCUAUCUAUCUAUCUAUCUAUCUAUCUAUCUCAGUUUGCUUCUAUCUAUUUCAGUUUGCUUCUAUCUAUCUAUCUAUCUCUCUAUCUCUCUAUCUAUCCCAGUCUGCUUCUAUCUAUCUAUCUAUCUAUCUAUCUAUCUAUCUAUCUAUCUAUCUACGGACAGAAUUAUUUACCACACUUCCAUAA